AUGAUUGAGAACCCCAUCGACCGCGCUGUUGAGGAGGCCGAGCGGGAUGCCUCCCGGGAGCGCCGUAGCGAAGAGAUUGAGCGAGUAAUCUCAGCGUCGUCCGUGUCGAGCUCAUCCGCCGAGUCAUCACACCGCGGGGUUCAGAUGAGCCGAGUCGAGACACAACGGGACCUGGAGCGCCAUCAGACGGAGUUGAGCCGCAUCCACACGGCCCGGAGUCAACACAGCGGGACCGUUGGGAGGGCCAAGAGCAAGGAGUGGAAGAAGCCGCUGCCCAACUUUGGCGCCGGCAAGCCAUACCCGCCGCUACUACCAAACCAGGAGGACUACGUUGUCGAGUUUGAUGGGCCCGAUGACCCUCUCCAUGCGCAGAACUGGCCGAUCAGGAAGAAGUUGCUUACCGCUGCUAUGCUCGGCUUCACUACCAUGACAGCGGCCUUCGGGUCGAGCAUCUUCUCAGCGGCAACGGCCGCAGUCGGCGUCGAAUUCGGUGUCUCCUCCGAGGUCUCCCUGCUCGGCGUCUCUUUCUACGUCCUUGGCUUCGCGACGGGCCCGACCUUCUGGGCGCCCCUCUCCGAGCUCAAGGGCCGCCGUCUACCCCUCGUCACGUCCAUGUUCGGCUUCGCCAUCUUCAACAUCGCCAACGCCGUUGGCAAGGACCUUCAGACGGUGCUCAUCACGCGCUUCUUCGCCGGCUUCUUCGGCGCCUGCCCCCUUGCCGUCGUCGCCGCCGUCUUCUCCGACAUGUUUGACAACCGGACCCGCGGCAUCGCCAUCACCGUCUUCUCCAUGACCGUCUUCACCGGCCCGCUGCUGGCGCCCUUCAUCGGCGGCUUCAUUGUCGAGUCGUAUCUCGGCUGGCGCUGGACCUCGUACAUUGUCUCCUUCAUGGGCUUCCUCGCCUUCUUUCUCAACUUGUUCUUCCUGGAGGAGACGUACCCGCCCACCAUCCUCGUCGGCAAGGCCGCCGAGCUGCGCCGCCGCACCCUCAACUGGGGUAUCCACGCGAAGCAAGAGGAGAUUGAGAUUGACGUGCGCGAGCUCAUCACCAAGAACUUCUCGCGCCCCAUGCGCCUGCUCUUUACCGAGCCCAUCGUCCUGCUCCUGUCCCUCUACAUGGCCUUCAUCUACGGCCUGCUGUACCUGUUCCUGACGGCCUACCCCUUUGUCUUCCAGGGCGUGCACCGCAUGUCGGCCGGCGUCGCGGGCCUGACCUUCUUCGGCAUGAUCGCGGGCCAGCUCAUCGCCGGCGUCACCGUCCUGCUGCAGCAGCCGUGGUACCAGCGCAAGCUGGCCGCCAACAACGGCGUGCCCGUCCCCGAGUGGCGGCUGCCGAGCGUCAUCGCAGGCGGCGUGGCCUUCGCGGCGGGCCUGUUUUGGUUUGGAUGGUCCGGCUACCGCGCUGACAUCCACUGGAUCGUGCCGACGCUGUCGGGCCUGCUCACGGGGUUUGGCCUGGCGUCCAUCUUUCUGCAGGCGCUCAACUACCUGGUCGACGCCUACCUCAUGUUCGCCGCGUCGGCGAUCGCCGGCAAUACCUUCCUGCGGUCCCUGGCCGGCGCCGGCUUCCCGCUCUUCUCCAAGUACAUGUUCCAGGGCAUGGGCAUCGAGUGGGCGUCGACGCUUCUGGGAUGCGUCGCCGCCGCGCUGGUGCCCAUCCCCAUCGUCUUCUACCUGUACGGCCACAAGAUCAGGGAGAAGAGCGCCUUUGCCCCGACCUUCCCUCCCCGUGGAGCUCCCGCCGCUGCUUCGGAGGAGGGGAAUGCUUCGGACGAGAAGGAAAUCCUAGAGAGCUCGGGCAACGCGAGCAGGGCGAGGUUGGAUAGGGAUGCGAGGAGUGCUGUUUGA